CUCUGAUGGGAGACAAAACGAACAAAUAUUAAUAGAGGGAAACGCAUACCAGAAACCCUUCAUCCUGUUUUGCUGUCCGAUCAGUUCCCAUUCACACUCCCCGAUCGCUAUUUUGGAAGGUAAUUUCAACCGCAGACAGGAAAUCUACCGUGUGAAUGGAGCACAAACAGGAAGAAGGACUGACCGGGAAAAUCCUAUAAAUUGGAGAGAAUUCCCAGAUAAAUUUUAUUGAUGGUGUUGAGCGUGGUCUAGGUGUCUCACGGCUAACGAACCAGAUUAUUUCAUACGCACGUGCAUUACAAGGCCGAGUGCUACAAUUCACACUAUGGGCUUCAAGUGUUUGAUACUGGUCAGGAUCGGCUUCAUUUGGCUUGCAUUUCGCAAAGCCACGGCCUCCUUCGAAAUCUGUGACUUCGAAACCGAUGAGGACGCCUUGUGUGGGUACACUCAGGACGCGGACGACGAUUUUGAUUGGUCGUUGAGACAGGGAGGCACGCCCACCUCCAACACGGGGCCGGCUUACGACCACACGCUAGGAGUCAACUCCACAGGUCACUACAUGUACAUCGAGGCUUCGGGUCCCGGCAAUUGGGACAUAGCCCGUCUCAGCAGCCCGAUCUCCGGCCCGUCUCCGGGCUUCUGUCUCCGCUUCUACUACCACAUGCACGGGGAGGACACGGGCCGCCUGAGCGUCCGGCUACGGAGCGAUGGGGCGUUGGCCAGCGAGGCUCUGUGGACGCGCAAGGGGAGCCAGGGGGAUGAAUGGAUGGAGGCAGCGGUCGACGGUAGCUCACCCUCCGAAUUCCAGGUGGUAUUUGAAGCUAAGAGGGGUGAAGGAUUCAAGUCGGACAUCGCUAUAGACGACGUCUCACUAGCGCUGGGGUUUACAUGCGGGGGAACCGUUAUUGUAACACCAUCAACUUCCGAGCCCGUAACGUCAGAUGAUGAACCGAUAGCAAGCCCAUCAACCAAAACUUUAGAGCCAAUCAACGGACAGCAACCAUCGGUCACCAAGCAACAAGGAAUUGAAGUCUCCAAUCAGCCCGCGAGAGGCGUGACGUCGUCACCCCUGGAACCAAUAGACAGCCAACUUAUCAUCGUGGUCUUGGUGGCGGGCUUGUCGUUCUGGGGCGUGGUCCUUGCCGUUCUCGCCGCCGUCAUUUACAAAACCCGCCAAUCACGGAGGUGCAAGAAAGGCAACGUGACAUAUGACGUCGUCGAUGAUCCAACCAGUCAGGAAGAGAUUGUCAUGGCAACUGAGGGGACACAUGAACAGUCGAACGCUUAAUAACGAAAAUUUAUCUAUCCUUAGAAAGAUUAUAUAUAUGUGUGUGUCAGAAAGGAUAGUGUUUUGCGAUAUAGUGCAAUGUUUUGGUUUGUAAAUAUUGUGCGUUCGAGCGUGUGCUUUCGUGCCACGUAAUACAGUGAUAAUUGAUACCCAGACUGUACAAGACGAUGGAAUAUGUCUUGUUUUGUAUGCGAUUUGUAAAGUUACUAAAUACUUUUUUAUUAGAAAAUUUGUUAUAAAACCAGAAAAACUUAUUGGUUAAUUAAAGAAACGCUCAUGGAAGUAUAGGACACCGUUAUAGGCAAAGACCUAAGGCCUCUGCAAACAUAAUUUCUACGGCCCGGACUAUGCAAUUAUUAUAUUUAUCACAUGACUUGAGGUUUUGAUGGCGGAUGAGUUAAAUUACAAAGUUUGCGGGUAACACCAAAGCAUAUCUUCCACACCCCAUUACUCUUCCUCCUGAGGACGGACAGAGCACACUGUCCGAAACGUCGAGUUCUACACUCAACCAACCGGUUCUUUUCAGAACCACACUUCUUCCAAGAAGAGAGAUCUUUCCACAUGGUGUUAUACCCGCAAAUUUUAUAAUUUAUCACAUCAUUAUUUGUUAUGAUAGAGUUUUAAUCCGCUUUCCCCCGAGCUAGUCCUCUGACGACUGUUACAGAUGAAGCGCCUAUGCCUUGACGUUUUCUUAGUAAAAACAAGAUUGGUAUCACUGAUAUUAACUGUUAAACUAAGAAAGAUACACUGUAAACAAAACCCGUAAAAACACUGUCCAUUUCCCGUAUUGUUUACGGUUUAGUACCGUUAUUGCUCGAACCGUCACAAGAAAGAACGUGCUACGUGCAUUUCCAGUAAAACUUGGUGGCCUGACGCAGGCUGGGAUUCACAAUGGUUUGUAUUCGUAACUUUUCAAAACCCCUCCCCUUUCAAACCCUCACAACCGCCUAGUUUUUAAAGCUGUGAUUCGUGUGCACUCACGCAACGUUCGCUACGUGCUGAUCAUUGGGACGUCAAAGCUUUGGUAUUGCGAAAUUUGAAGAGUCAAGCAGCUAAUCCUGCGGUGAUGACCAGCAAUAGGUUGACCCCUUUCUGUGGGAUCGGUAAAAAGUUGUAAAUGAAAAUUACAACUUAAAGAUAAUUUCACCUUAAGUGAUUUGAAAACCACUAUGCGUGUAAAAGACAAGCUGCAAGACGUAUGCAUACCCCACUCCCAGCUGCUGCAACUGGAACCUACCCCCCUCCCUACCCCUACACUCGGCUCUGACGCCACCCACUUUGUAUUCCAUUACUUUACGGCAAAUUGCCGUUAAAUUUACGGGAAAUUCGCGUUAAAAUUACGGUCACCGUCAUUUUUGGAAACCCGUAACUGACCGUAAUUUUACGGUCUUUUGUUGGCAACCCGUUUGACAGUGCUUUUACCGUAA